UUCUAUUUCCGGUUAUCGUGUGGUGAAAUCCAACAGUGAGAGGAAUAAAUCUGAACGUAGACAGAGAAAAGUCAGUAUGGCUGAAGAAGUUGAAAUAGAUGACUCAUUGUACAGUCGUCAGCGUUAUGUGCUGGGUGACAGUGCCAUGAAGAGAAUGGCUAAUUCCUCUGUACUGGUCUAUGGUAUGGGAGGUUUAGGUAUAGAAAUUGCGAAGAAUAUCGUAUUGGCUGGAGUAAAGUCAUUGACCAUACAGGAUGACCGAACAGCCACAGUAGCUGAUCUGGGAGUCCAGUUCUUCGUCACAGAGGAGGAUGUAGCACAGGGAAGGAACAGGGCCGCAGCAAGUGAGGGGAGACUAGCGGAAUUAAAUCCGUAUGUCAGCAUGAACAGCUUGACCACUGGGGUGGACAGCGGUACAGACUUAUCUUACCUUACACAGUACCAAUGUGUAAUACUGACAGAGGUCCCUCUACAGCUACAGCUGAAAAUCAACCAGCUCUGCCGAACCCAGUCACCUCCUAUACAAUUUAUAAGUGCUGAUGUAUAUGGACUUGUGAGCAGUGUAUUCUGUGACUUUGGAGAUGAGUUUGAAGUGACAGAUGUCAAUGGAGAAGAACUCCGAGAUACAUUUAUAGAAAAUGUAACAAAGGGCAAUCCUGGAGUGGUCACCUGCCUGAAGGACAAGUUUCACGGACUUGAGACGGGUGACAUAGUGACCUUUAGGGAGCUCAAUGGAAUGACCGCAUUGAAUGGAAUGACAUGCAAGGUCAAAGUGCUGUCCCCGUCAACAUUUGGGAUCUGUGAUACUAGUGGGGAAACCUUCACACCAUAUGAACACGGGGGUAUCGUCACCCAGGUCAAAGCUCCGCAGAAAUUCUCGUUUAAAAGUAUGGAGUCACAGCUGAAAGACCCUGCUCUACUUAUGCCUGAUCUGUCCAAAUUCUCUGCUCCCUCCAACCUACACCUUGCAGUGCUGGCUCUACAUCAGUAUCACCAGGAACAGAGCGGCCAUCUCCCCAAUGUAUGGUGUCAGAAAGAUGCAGCCAGAGUUGUGUCCCUUGCUCAUGAUAUCAACAAGAACCUCACUAACAAGGUGGAGCCAGUGGAUGAGGACCUGGUGCGAAUGUUGUCAUUCACAGCCCGCGGAUGCUUUGCUCCUCUGUGUGCAGCUAUCGGGGGAUUUGUGGCUCAGGAGGGGCUCAAGGCACUCACGGGAAAGUUCACUCCCCUCAAUCAGUGGCUAUAUUUAGAUGCUGUUGAUGUUGUCAAUAAGACAGACGCCAUCAACCCAGCCCAGUUCCAGCCAAGAGGUGAUCGGUAUGAUGCUCUGAGAAUCUGUAUAGGGGAGAGCAAAUGCUGUCAGCUAGCCAACAUGAGAUUGUUUAUGGUCGGCUGUGGGGCUAUCGGCUGUGAGAUGCUGAAGAACUAUGCCCUAAUGGGGAUUGCUUCACAGGACAAGGGCCAGAUAACUAUAACAGACAACGACCUAAUAGAGAAGUCCAACUUAAACAGACAAUUUCUGUUCAGACCUCACCACAUUCGGAAACCAAAGAGCACAACUGCAGCCCAGUCAGCAAAGGAGAUAAAUCCAGCAUUAAGAAUUGAAGCUCAACAAAACAAAGUGUGUCCCCAGACUGAGGCUGAACAUUACAACGAUGAUUUCUUCCGGAACCAAGACUUGGUAGUGAAUGCUUUGGACAAUGUGGAGGCCAGACGAUAUGUAGAUAGUCGAUGUGUAACCAAUCAGAAGGCUUUGUUGGAGUCUGGUACCAUGGGAACCAAAGGUCAUGUACAGGUCAUCAUACCCCACCUUACAGAGUCUUAUGGUAGUCAGAGGGACCCGGUAGAUGAGGAUAUACCCUACUGUACACUCAAGUCAUUUCCUGCUCAGAUAGAGCAUUGUAUACAGUGGGCUAGGGACAAGUUUGAAAGCUCAUUUGCCCAGAAGCCAGCUUUAUUUAACAAGUUUUGGACCACUCAAGGUCAACCACUAAAAGUCAUACAUAAUCUAAAGCGUGGGUCACCACUAGAGGGCGCCAUCCAGGUCAGCAAGAUUGUGCGGUCGAAGCCUGUCGAAUGGUGUGAAUGUGUAGUACUAGCUAGGCUCAAGUUUGAAAAGUACUUCAAUCACAGGGCGAGACAUCUACUACAUCAUUUCCCACUAGACACAAAGCUAAAGGACGGAUCCCUGUUCUGGCAGUCCCCGAAGCGACCACCAGUGCCUCAGGAAUUCAGCAUUGAUAAUUAUACGCAUUUGUCUUUCAUUAUAAGUACAGCAAACCUGUACGCUGAUGCCUGUAGGAUACCUCACUCAGCUCAGGAUGUGUCCCCAAGUACUAUCAGUGAGAUACUACAGUCAAUCAAGGUGCCGGAGUACAAGGCCUCCUCAAAGACCAUUGUAACAGACGAGAAUGCAAGGAAGGAAGCCGACACAGGUGGUGACGAUGACUUUGUAGACGCUGCCAACAGGAUGGAAUCAUCAAUUCAAAAAGUUGGAACACAUGAAAAAGUGAUAAAAGAGAUGAUGGUUGCUGAGUUUGAGAAAGAUGAUGACAAUAACAGUCAUAUAGACUUCAUCACUGCAGCCGCGAACCUGAGAGCUGCUAUGUACAGUAUAGACAGUGCUGACCGACUCAAAGUCAAACGUAUCGCUGGUCGUAUUGUACCUGCCAUCGCCACGACAACAGCUGCUGUAGCAGGCUUGGUGUCUAUAGAACUGAUAAAGACACUAGACCAGUUGCCAAUAGAAAGUUAUAAGAACUGCUUCCUAAACCUGGCCUUACCUGUGAUGGUGUUAUCUGAACCAGGGCCGGUGGAGAAAGUCGUUCUCAAAGAGGGCCUGACUGUGACCAUGUGGGACCGGUGGGAUGUCCAGGGGAAUAAGGACUAUACACUCCAGGAGUUCCUACAAUACUUCCAGAUCACGUAUGGUUUUGAGGCGACAAUGGUAGGCCAUGGAGUAAAGAUGGUGUAUGUCCCCUUCAUGCCUGGCCACUCCAAAAGGCUACCGCAAACGAUGAUGAAACUGCUGAAGCCAUCCUCACGUAUACUGUAUGUAGACUUGGUGGUGUCACUACAGGGAGAGGGAGAAGAGGAUAUUCCUGGGCCACCCGUCAGAUACUUCUUCAACCUGUGAUAUUCUGUGAUUCAUUGAGAUAUGAACCCUGUUAUUAAAGCUGUAUUAGUCAUGAACAAUAUAUAUGUGAUAACAUAGCAAUGCUCUGUAUUAGUACAACUGGUGUGUGUUAAUGGACCAAUUCACUAACAGAUGAACUAUGUAAUAUGUGAUAACUGAAGUUCAAUGAGACAUGAACCCUAUAUCUAAAGGUGUAAUGAGACAACUGAUGUGUGAUACUGUAAGUUCACUGAAAAAUAAACUACGUUAUGUGUGAUAACUGGAGAUUAUCAAGAUAUGAACCCUGUAACUAAAAGAGUAUUAGAAAAACCACAUCCUCACAAUUCCACAGGUUACGCUCACUUACCUAUUUAACACCCCUGGAAUAUGUCUUGACAACAUCGAAGGCACAUCAUUAGCUAUAUGAUUAGUUUCAGGUAAAAAUUAAUUACCAAUCGCUAGGUUGAUACCUGUCCUUUGAAGAUUUUAGACGAGCGAUACCCGACUUCAGAGCCUGUCAAUUUUAUCUGUACUCUGCCACCCAAUUCUAGUCUACUUGUAUCAUCUAAAAAGUGGCAUGUACAAACCUUUAAUUUCAUCCCGACAUAUUACAGGGGUACACAGGGUUGCCAACCUCUAAGGAGUCCAGUGUGGGAGAUCUCCCUCCAAUGGGUUUUCUGAAGUGUGAGACUUUUGACGGCGUCAUGGCAUAACGUCUUUUUCAGGUGUUGAGAUAACAUUUACCUAUGUAUCAAACAAAUCCUGGCUUUUACUGACUACUGUAACAUCUGCAUUGUUGAUCUUUUUGCUUCAAGAUCUUUGCAGGAAAUAUAUUAAUUUUUUAUUUAUCGCACAAACAACUUGACAUCAGAAAUGCAACGCAUUAUAAUCAACAGACUUUCUUGUAACGAUUUCUUUCUUUGCUAGAGCAGGUACCAGUAUCUUUUUUGUUUUGCUGUCAAUAUUGCUAUUAUGGCAUGAGAUGUUCCAUGACCUGUCAAAAACAAUAACAGUUCAUAUUAAAAGCAAGAAAUUUACCAUAGUAGUAAUAUGAAAAGUUCAUUAACAUGAAAGAUAAAAAAAAUAUAUGAUAAUUUGACAGUGAAAAAUAUUUUCCAAUUAUUUCUGGCUAGGCCUACUACAGUAUCCAAAGCAACAAACAGACCCUGAUCAUUUACUUGUACCAUGUCUGCAAUAUUAAUUUGUUGCAUGAUUAUGUAUACCUAUGUACUACAUCUAUCCAACAUGCCAAAGCACUUCACGAAACUCAUUAAAAAAAUUUCAUCAUGAAACCUGUGUCUAAAGCAAUUGUUGAGUGAUAAUGGAGCAAUUCACUGAGUCAUGAAUCCUGUGUCUAAAGCUGUAUCAGAGCAAUUGUGUGAUAAUGGAGCAAUUCACGGAGUCAUGAAUCCUGUGUCUAAAGCUGUAUCAGAGCAAUUGUUGAGUGAUAAUGGAGCAAUUCACUGAGUCAUGAAUCCUUUGUCUAAAG